AUGUUCGACGUAUUCGGCGGGGCGCCAUCUUUAGGCUUGGGUGUGUUGGAAAUCUGGGUGCCGACGAAGGACCAGGAGAGGAAGAGGAAGGUGCCGACGAACUCUCCGAUCACGGCGACGGUGUUGUUGCGCGUGUCGUCGGCGAGACCGAGUAUGCCCAGCUGUUCUUUAUGCUUUCUUCUCGUGGAGGAGACGUUGUCGUUGCCGCCGCUCGAUAUUCGGGAGGAGAACAAGUUCAUCGUGAUAGCGACGGUGUUGUGUAGUACUGUUAUGGGUACGUUGGAGCACAGAACGACUGUUGACAGGCUGUAUGACCCUUAUACGAACAGCCAGGGCAGACUCCAUCACGUUAAAGCUCCUUUGAGGCAACGUCAUCCUGGAUUAUGGCGCAUCGGUGAUAGAUAG